AUGUCCGAGGUAAAAGCGGUAGCCGCAGGUAUAGUAAACUUUUUAAAACAACAACUAGACGGUGACGCACUCAAUGCGGAGUACCGGGAAAGCGUAGAAGUCGCCGUUCAGUGCAUUGAGACGGCGUACGAGCUCUCGACCGAUGAACUGACGAAGGGGGUCGACCUCUUGCAACUAGUGAGGCAACAGACUGCCGGCGCCGCCGAACAGCGCGCUGAGGCGGAGAAAUUAAAGAACGAUGGCAACGAGUGUAUGAAGAAGGAGCAGUUCCGUGAGGCGCUGGAAAAGUACAGUCGAGCUAUCGAAUUGGAUCCACGGAAUUCGGUAUACUUUUGUAAUAGAGCAGCCGCUCACUUCAAGUUGGGUGAGCAUGAAGGCGCAGUGGCUGACUGCAUGGCGGCGCUAGCGCUACAGCCCAAUUACGGCAAAGCACACGGCCGUCUUGGAUUAGCUUUAACUGCGCUUGAUAGAGACGUCGAAGCACGUGCUGCCUUUGCCCGAGCUGUUCAGCUCGAACCAGACAACGAGUCAUAUAAAGAGAACCUGCGACUCGCCGAAGAAAAGGUCGCACAACGCGGCGGCAGGCCCUCUAUGGACCUCGGAGGCCUCUUGCAAAAUCCAGCAUUACUUAAUAUGGCAACAGAGAUGUUGUCAGAUCCAAAUAUGCAAAACCUAAUAUCAGGGCUUAUGAAUACAAACACAGGUGCUCCAGCGGCGGCUGGAGGCACUAAUGUAAAUGCCCUCCUGGAAGCAGGACAAGCAUUGGCACAGCAAAUGCAGGCUGUAAAUCCUGAACUAGUUGAGCAAUUGAGGAGGCAAAUGCGUCCUCCACAAGGAGGUGGUGGAAAUCCUCCUUCACAAUAA